AUGGCCGGAGCGGCGCGCGUCACUCACCGCCCCCGUGAGAGGUACCUGCCGCUCAUCCUGCUGCUAAUCGCGCUUCUCAUCCUCACGGCGACACAGUCCAAGCGAGUGGAGCAUGCCCUACGGAGGGGUCAUCUCCGAGUAUCUGAUUUCCCCUCAGGGAAGAGGCCCCUCGCAGUUGUGCAGACUGUAGAUCAUUGGAGUGUUCGUUUGAAGGGGAAGCAAAAGGGGGGAGCGAAUCCGAGGGGGAAAUUUUACCCAAAGUUCUCCUUUCUGAACGGUGCAGUAAGACGUCCCCACGAGUGGAGGCUGCAGCAGGAAGGGGGCCACUGCGGCUCCGGCGCAUGCGGAGGAUGCGGCUGUCCGAAGACAGCGCAGAGCGGAGGUACGCCCAAAGAGGGGGAGAAAGUACUUUACCUUGUCAGUCCUAGAGGCUUCUGCAAAGGAGUCAGUAGAGCUAUCGAUACAGUGGAAGAAUGCCUAAGUAUGUUCAAUCCACCAAUCUAUGUCAAACAUAAAAUCGUUCACAACGAUAUUGUAUGCAAACAGUUGGAAGAAAAGGGAGCAAUAUUUAUCGAAGACUUGAAUGAGAACUUGCAAAAAAAAAAACUGAUCGAAAUUGAUGCGACAUGUCCUCUAGUCAACAAAGUACACGUGUACGUUAAGAUGAAGGCAAAGGAAGGAUACAAAAUUAUCCUUAUUGGUUACAAGGACCACGUGGAGGUAGUAGGUACCUUUAAUGAAGCACCCGACUCUACUUACAUAGUGGAAAAUGUAAACCAAAUCGAAGAGUUGCCACUCUCGGAGAAGGACAAACUGUUUUAUGUCACUCAGACAACGUUGAGUAUGGAUGACUGCUCCUUAAUUGUAAAGAGACUAAAGGAGAAGUUCCCACACAUUGAAACCAUUCCGAGUGGAUCCAUAUGUUAUGCCACUACGAAUAGACAGAUGGCACUGAAUCAGAUCUGUCAGGAAUGCGAUAUAACGAUUGUUGUUGGAAGUCAGUCUUCAUCGAAUGCCAAAAAAUUGGUGUAUUCAUCACAGCUACGGAAGACCCCUGCUGUGUUGGUGAACAGUGUUGACGAUUUUGAUUUUUCCACUCUGCGAGAUGUUAGGAAAAUCGCUUUGACCUCCGCUGCUUCCACUCCUGAGGAACUGACUCAAAAGUUCGUUGAUGUGCUUACGAAGGAACCCUUCGGGUACACGUUGCGCUUCUUUGAACCUGUACAGGAGAACGUCCCCAAGUGGAAGCUGCCCAAAAAUUUGAUGGGCCUCAUCGACGAGCGCAGGCGCGAGCAGGGCACGCAGGGCUGA